CAUAUAGGAAAUGACCCAACUAGCAAGACUCGUUGCGCCCAUAACUAGGUCGAGCCGGCCCAUGACCCAAAUCCUUAAUAGCUUUCGUUUAUCACCGCUCCGAUUAAGGAAUUUUAGGGACAACCUUAAAAGUUUGGUUUACGGCUGUCCCCAACGUGACCUGGUGGUCACGGGUUUGAGCUGUGAAAACAGCUAGAUCUUAGCUUAGCGGGCGUAAGAUUGUGCACAUUCAAUUCUUCUCCAGAUCGUGUAAUAGCGGGAGUCUUGUGCACUAGGUAAUCGCUUCUUUUUACAGUUCGUGAAUCACAAGAUAAUUCCAAUUUAAUUAACGAGGUUUUUUUUCCCAGUAUUCUUAGUAUUUAUGUUUCUAAUUGUGGGAUUGACUUAAGUUUCCUUUGGGUAAUUUGAAAUUGCCUUAUUGUAAAGCUUGAUUGGCAAGUAAUCCUCUUGAUUUAGUUAUUCCUAGUAUGUUAAGCGAUUUUUUUUUUCGCGUUUAUACAUUAUGGUAACUAGAUCUUAAUAUAUAUAUAUAUAGGAGUAUAAUUAAUCCGUAUUUAUCCUGGCUACAUGAUUUCCACAAUAUUCCUCAUUUACCAUCUUCUUGUUUUUAUAGUAAUAAAGUUAAUUCUUGUAUGGGUGCCCUGGCCUAUAUAUAUAAGAGAGUGCCUUUGUUGCACCUAAAUGAUAAAGAAACAGAGCAAUUGAGAAAAAGAAACCGAUUGAGAAAAAGAUCAUGGCUUUUGCUCUUCGUCUUUCCUUCUUCUUACUUGUAUUCUGUUUGAGUACCUCAGGGGUACUAACAGUAGGUCUGGUCGAUGGUGUAUGUGCAAAAACUAGUAAUCCUAGUUUUUGUGGGUCAGUUUUGCUGUCUGAUGGUCGAUCUGCCACAGCAGAUCUUACCGGACUUGGAAACGUCGCGGUUGACCUAGCGUAUGCAAACACCAAAGCCACCUUUGCCAAGAUCAAUAGGCUAAAGGGGCAAACCAAGGAUGUUGAGCUCAAGAAACGUCUCGAUUCUUGCUUAACACACUAUACCACAGUGAUUGCCAAAUAUUGUGUUUAUGCAGGCAGGUCCUUGGAUGUUCGUGAUUACAGAGGCAUGUACGUUGCAGGAGAUUUAUUAACGAUCGAUGCCUUUAAGUGUGAUCGUGCAAUAUUCUCAUCCCCGCCGUCUUACCCAUGCCCAGUCGCAUUCGAGGAUACAAAAACAUCACUUAUUGGGGAUAUAAUUAGGACUAUUGCUCAUAUUCUUGAAACAAAGUGAUGUAUUUCAUGUUCUCAAGUAUCUAUUGAAAAUUGAAAAAAGGUCAUGGUACUAUAAGAUGCUGGCAAAUUUCUUGCAUAUAUAAGGUCUAAUCAUUUUCAUC